UCCAAAAUGGCGUCAACGCAGUUAACGGAUGAGGAGCUUUUCUCCGAAUUAAAGCGCUUUGGUUUCACUCCAGGCCCUGUUACCGAAAACACUCGACCGGUAUAUUUGAAGAAAUUGAAGAAGCUACGCGAGGAGCAACAGCAACGUGGAUUUAGAUCUGGUAAAACCCGUAGCAGCGGGACCAUUAACAGUACCACUGGCGGCGGCAACACGGCGGGAUCAAGGCCAGCCAGCCAUGACGUCACGCACCUGAACACCAGCAGAAGACCGGGCCGGAAGUCCUCCGUCCUCGGCUUCAGCUCCGACGAGUCUGACGCUGAAACUCCACAGAGAAGAAAAGGCCUCAAUUAUAGAGGCAGGGCAGACCAAAGCCCCGGUUUUCAACAACAACCGAAGAUACGACCCGUUAUAACACCCGGCGUGGCUAUUAAGAAUCAGCGUGGCGCAGGGACUACGCUAAAUAGCAACAAUUCUUCCCCGAGUCCGGACGGACAUAGAAGUGUCUCGCUGGGUUGGGGAGUUCGUGCCAGAUCCAGCCCUGAGGCGGAAGGAAGGAAUUGCGACGACUCAAGGGACGAGGACGAUUAUGAGGGGGGAAAAGAGAAAAUAUCUCGGUCUUUAAAUGGUAGCAGAGCGCCUCAAUUGAACACUAGCAAGCUAGCUGGGGAUUACUCGGACGAGGAGGAGGUUGGGGGCCUUGGUAUUGGAGACCGACAGCGGGAUAGGUUGGAGCUGAGACGGAGUUAUCCGAAAGCGGUGUUUUCAUCCCACAUAGUUAUCCGAGGGUCUCCAACGGUAGGAGCAACCGGAGUGAUUAACUCACCCGGUAGUGUAAACAUGGUGGGUAAUCGGAGGGAUGAGAAGGAGGAGGAAGACGAGGUACAGAGAAUUGAUUCGGACCGAUCGGGAGGCAUGUUGAGACACAACUUUCCCAGGAAGUCCAUCUACGUGUCCCUCACCGAUAACCACGGAGGAGAGUCCGACAGAAACAACCACGUCGACGACGAGGACGGAGUAUCCAGAAGCAGCAACACUAGUAGGUUCAGCAGUGGGUUGAGGCCGCGCUUUUCCAACUACAGCAGUUCAUCCCAGACCUACAGGGGCAACCACUCCAAUCACACUGCUCCCAACCACUCAUACAGACAGGCAGUGCUGAAGCAGAAGCUGUCUCUCCCAGAGGAUGAGCUGCUCCAGCAGUUUAAACGGGAAGAGGCGGCCUCCUCUGGCAGCUUCAGCGCUCAUUACCUGUCCAUGUUCCUGCUCACCGCAGCCUGCCUCUUCUUUCUGCUGCUGGGUCUCAUGUACAUUAGGAUGAGGGGAUCUGGAUCCACGGAGGUGGAUGGAGUUAUUAAGAGCCACCCUUUUGGCACCGAGUUUGACUCUUCUUAUAACAAGACUGAGAAGGACCUGAUCUUGAAGCUGCUGCUCAGUCUACACGACCACUUGGCCCACAUUGCUGGCCAGUAUGACUGCGGAGACCAGCAGCAUCCAAACAGGAGUCUGGCCAUAGAAGAGGCCUCUGUGUAUUUACAGGCUCAGAAUCAGGAGUUUGACAAAUUCAUUCAUACUUCUCUGGAGUGGAUCAUCCGGACAGGCCAGGAUGUUGGGAUAAGGCUUACUGGGCAGGUAGCUGAUGAUCCCGUGACUGAUGUGUCUGAGAUUUCUCGGCUGGAGUCCACACAUCCCAAGAUGCCCUUCACAUGCCGCUUCCGCCGUGCCUUCCUCACUGUAAUCAGCAGAGUCUUCCUCAUCGCAGCUGUGGUAGGCUGUGUGUGGGGUGUAGUCUUCUACAUGAAGCGUCGCUGGAGGAGAGAGGAAGAGGAGACGAGGCAGAUGUAUGACAUGGUGGAAAGGAUCAUCGAUGUGUUGAGGAGCCACAGUGAGGCUUGCCAAGAGAACCAGGACCUGCAGCCCUACCUGCCGAUCCCCCAUGUCAGGGACUCCCUGGUACAGCCUCAGGACCGGAAGAAAAUGAAGAUGAUUUGGGAGAGGGCUGUGAACUUCCUGUCGGCCAACGAGUCUAGAAUUCAAACAGAGAAUCAGAGGAUUGGUGGAGGAGACUUCCUUGUCUGGAGGUGGAUCCAGCCUUCUCUCAGUUGUGACAAGACCUCCCUGAUCCCCUCCAAAGUCUGGCAGGGAAAAGCUUUCCCUCUGGACCGUAGGAAUUCACCUCCCAACAGCCUGACACCAUGUCUGAAGAUCAGGAACAUGUUCGACCCAGUCAUGGAGGUUGGGGAGAAUUGGGACCUAGCCAUCCAUGAGGCAAUCCUAGAGAAGUGCAGUGACAACGACGGCAUUGUCCAUAUUGCUGUUGACAAGAAUUCGCGAGAGGGCUGUGUUUAUGUCAAGUGUCUCUCUGCAGAGCACUCAGGGAAAGCCUUCAAGGCACUUCAUGGCUCCUGGUUUGAUGGUAAGCUGGUGACAGUGAAGUAUCUGCGUUUGGACCGGUACCACCAGCGCUUCCCACAGGCCCAGGGCUGCAGCACACCCCUGAAGGCCUCCAGCCUCCACUUCAAUACCACCAGCACCACAAACACUACGCCCCACCUGCAGUACCAUGGCUCAGCCAACUCCUCUGGCUUCUCAUGAGAUCAUCAUUAGCAUUAGAUUUAGCAUUGUCCUCUGUGCCCUCCCAGCAUGACAGUAACAGUCUGCUGCUGCUCCUUCAAUGCUUUUUACGGGAAAAACUUGAGUCUGUGUCACGGGAGAGCUUUUUUUGUUUUUGUUUUUUUCAAAAUAGGAUCUUUUCCAGAGAAUCUGUCAGUGGUGUGGUGUUUGUUUUCUACAAUCUUUGUAUUAGAAGUGUCAUGGAUUUAACAAGGAAGCAAAGUUCUUGUGGAAUAUUUAAGAUGUGUUCAGAGACUCCAACUCUCCCUCCUUCUCUUCCACAGUCUAACUGAUGCUAUGAUGGAGUUCAUUUGGGCACUGUAUGGAAAUGGCUGCAUGUAUCAGAGGAUGCCUCUGUGUAAGCUUUCAAUACAACACAGUGUGGGUGAUGAGUUCCUAGGGAUGUUCAAUGUGUACUCCCUGUUGUUGUUAUUAUUAUUAUGAUUAUUUUUAUUUUAGUCAAGCGAGGAAGGCAUGAGCAGACUUGAAGAGGGUGUGCUGUAAAUACAUGUGAAUGGUAGCACAAGCUUUAUCAAUAAUCAGCAUUAAAAGCAAACCAUAAGCUCACAUUUUUCUUGCUCACUUAUACAACAGAGUGCAUCUGUAUCCAGAGGCAAACACUCCCCAAAAGGCUGCAAAAGCACUGAUACACACACACACACACACACACACACACACACACACACACACACACACACACACACACACACACACCCACCCACCCACACACACCCACUGGUAGAACCGAGCAACACUGAGGGUAUUGACUCAGUCAAUGUGUAUGUUGUUUGUUCCAUGUAUGGCCUUUUUAUCCUCUGGCUCUGUCCUUGAUUUUGUUAGAGUCCAGCAGUGCUCCCCAUUUCUCAGCUUUUGGGUGAUAUGACAGAGGGAGUGUAGCUUUUACAGUCACCUGAAGUUUUCUUCUUCAGUUAUAAUCCAAUAUAUUCCCAAAAUAUGUUAUUACCUAUUAUGUUUGUUAUUUACCUCUUUCAAGUCGGGUCAUUUUCACUGUUGGUAUGUUUCCUCAUUGAAUUGCAUUUCCAAACCUGUUCUGAACAAGUGGUGUAUACUGUCAUCUGUCAGUGUAUGUGACAGAUCAGAGGAGCACACAGACAUCCGGAUGUUUAAUGUCCAGUUCACAAUCUCUGCUCAUCUCACUUUGUGAGACAGACGUUUUCUACCAUGAUGGAACCCGACUCAGUCGCUUGUGCUCUUUGAUUUCCCCUCUUGUAAUAAUUCUCUUCACUCUUUGUGUUAUAAGGAGUACUGUGAAUCUGUUGACUGUUUGUAAUACAAAACUCCAUAUAUUCCAAGCUCUGCAAAGAGACUGUACUGAACUUAGGGAUUCCUGAUUGCUUGUGUGUUUUUUACAGCACAUGGGUAUUCAGAAAAUGCUAAAAAUCCACAAGUUGCCAGACAUAAUUCAUUUUUAAUGCAGUGAAUUGAAAGUUGGAUUCAGUAUUUGCAGUGUGAAGUACAAAUGAUGCACAUUUCAAAUGUUCAAAACCUGGUGCAACACUUUGCAGCAGACAACCCAACUGUGCCUUAAAUUUGUGCUUUUUAAAGACUGGCACUGCAUUGCUGGGGAAUGUACUUGGUGUAAUAAAUGGUUUAAUGGGCAAGUAAGGCCUACCAUACAUGUAGUUUUUGUUAGAAUUUGACAUCCUCAGAUUUGGUAUUUUGUAGCAGUUUCCUUUGAUAUUAAACCAAAUGCUCCUCUCUAUUUAUUAUUUUUUUAAUCAGCCAUGGUGAUGUACUAUUUAAUAUCACUUGCCCUGUUACAUAUGUCAUAACUUUUCUUUUCAUCAAGGAUCAACCUUACAUCCGCUUCCAGACAAUUGUCAGGAUGUGUAAAACAAAAUAAAGUGAACACUUUCAGAAAUCAGCCAGUUGUUUUUGCUGUAUUUGAGUGCAUAACUGUUAUUUAUUUUUGUACGUCUCCAGCAGAAAGGUGCACCUGCAGCAUCUCAGCUCACACAGACUGUAAUGAGGCUGAAUGUAAAAGUUGGUGUGAUGUGACGACACUUAUUCAGACAGCCUCACUUUUAAAUGCCUCCCCCUGGAUGCAAUCUAUUCCUCUAAUGUAUUUUAUGUACACAUUGUACAUUGAUAUAAUGGUAAUAUUAUAUGCAGCUUUAUUUCCAUUGCAUUUUAUGUUUGAAUUGACCAGUACCCCUUACCUGCUUGCCAGAGGAGGGAAGUGUACAAUAACAGCAGACAUUUAAAAAGAUUAAGAUGUUUUAAUGUUAUUAGUCAAUUGUACAAACAGCUCAAAUUAAAGGUGUAUUAGGGUUU